UCAGACAUGUUUCACUAUUGAUGACGUUUCAUAAAGAAAAGAAAAAUCUUGCGUUAACACACAUUCACUUUGUGUGAAACUAUUUCAUUUUUUCGAUUAAAUUUUUGGCGAGAUUGUUUUAAAAAUGGUCGAAGAUACCAGUGUAGAGACAAGUGAAAACGUACCGGCUGAAACUGAACCAAAACCAUUGUUUUCAAUUGAAAUCUUGCGUUUGAUUCGUGAUGCACAAAAACAACAUGGACUUCGGCAUGGUGACUAUCAACGGUAUCGUGGUUAUUGCACACGUCGCAUAAGUCGCUUGCGAAAAGCAUUGAAAAUACCACAAGGUGAUAAGCGUCAUUAUAAAAAGCGUGAUGUUACCGUGGCCCAUUUGGAUGGUGCCAGUGGUAAAGCGGCUAUUUCUGGACCAAGUGGUGAUGAGCGUUUUCUCUAUCUUCCAUUGAUGUUGGCCGAACGUGCAUGGUCUUAUGCGAUGCAAUUGCGACAAGAGGCCAAUACGGAGCAACGUAAACGAUUCCAUUUGGUGAAUAAAUUGCGACGUGCCUGCAACUAUGCAUUGCAAUUGAAAGAAUUGUGCUCACAAAGUCAGCGAUUGGAUGACAAAACGAAAUUGGAGGUCGAAGCGUACGUUGAUUGUAUGCAUGGAAAUCUUCAUUUUGAAUUGGGACUAUGGCAAUCGGCGGCGGAAAAUUUCAAAAAAUCACAAAUCAUCUACGAGAAUUUGGUGAAAGUCAUUCAAGCCACGACCGGCGAUGAAGAAGUAUGUGAAUUGUACAAGGCAAAAAUUGAAGAGUUGAAACCAAAUCUUCGCUAUUGUGCAUACAAUUUGGGCAGCAAGUCCGAUUCGGCUGCAACAAUCGAUGAAGUUUUGGAAAUUCGUCGUGCUCAAGGUGCCAGUUCGCUCAUCGAUUUGGAAUCAUUUAAAACUGCACAAAUCGAAGGUGCCAAACUCGAAACGAUUGAAUGGCGACAGCACAAAAUUCAAAUUCGUUUGCCGGAAAAAGUGCGCUUGUUUUUAUUGAGUUUGCAAGAUUUGGAUAAGAGUGUUGAACAGGCCAAGACCCUACAGAAUAAAAUCGAUAUCAUUGAAACGGUUCUAAUCGAUUGCAAGGAUAGUAUUCAAGCAACAAAAGAUGAUUUCUUGAAAUCAGAUUCGACUCGCAAAGGUGCUGACUCUGGCAAUAAUGCACCGGCCGUUUCGAGUAAUGUUCAACUUUUACUCGCAUAUUUGAACUACAUUCGCUUGAUUCGUACGUUGGAGCGUAAUUUAUAUUUGGUUGCGCAGACAAAACAGAAUCUAUCAUUGGAAAAUACGGUGGCCGAUGGGAAUGAUGCAACGAAAAAGGGUGCACGCCCACAGAAUUUGACACGGCUAUACGAAAUUGUCGCACAAAAUAUUACUGAAUUACAACAAAUUGCUGGCUGCGAAAAUGACAAAGCCUAUCAAACCGAAAUACAAAACUUAUCGAUUGCAUUUAAGGCGUUCCGAUGCUAUUACAUUGCAAUGACAUUGGUUUCGUUGUUCCGCUGGAAAGAAGCCGUUGCACUUUAUGAACGUUCCAAGAAUUAUGCGAACGAAGCAUUGAAAAAUCCACCAGCUCAAUUCAAUUUGAAACAAGAUCUAAAUGCCUUGCUUAAGGAUAUUGAAAGUUGUAAAUUUUCGGCUCACGCCUACAGUGUAUUAGCCGAUGACGGCAAUACGGCUGCAUCAAAUGAUGGUUUGCUAUACCUUGAUGGAAGCGGUCGCAAGCAAAAAUCAUUAAAAUCAAAACCACUAUUCGAACGAUUGUCGCAUUACGUUGAAGAUCAACAAUUGAAUUCGAAAAAUCCAAAUGUUUUCAAGUCAAUGCCAGACAUUGAACCAAUCCCAUGCAAGCCUCUGUUCUUCGAUUUGGCAUUGAACUUUGUGGAAAUGCCAUCGCUAGACGAUAAAAUCGAUUCGCCGGCCAAGAAGCAGCAACAACAACAAGGUAUAUCUGGUUUUGUCAAAGGCUUCCUUGGCUGGGGUGGCAAAUAAAUAUAUCCAUAGCAAACGCAAUGAAAAAUACACCGACAUUUUUAUUACAUACAUACAGUUUUAAUUUCCGGAUGGCUUUUAAUCAAUUAUCUAAAUAAAUGCAAUUUAAAAAAAGA